CUUCUCUUGGCGCCGGUCACGCUUUGGAGGGACAAUGUGGUCUAUGGAUUUUUUAGACGAUGUCAGGAGAAUGAAUAAAAGACAGCUUUACUAUCAGGUCUUAAAUUUUGGUAUGAUCGUGUCUUCGGCUCUGAUGAUAUGGAAGGGUCUGAUGGUGAUCACUGGCAGUGAAAGCCCUAUUGUGGUUGUCUUGAGUGGCAGCAUGGAGCCAGCAUUCCAUCGUGGAGACUUGCUUUUCUUGACCAACCGUGUAGAUGACCCUAUCCGAGUAGGGGAGAUUGUUGUCUUUAGAAUAGAAGGAAGAGAGAUACCCAUUGUACAUCGUGUCCUAAAGAUCCAUGAAAAGGAAAAUGGAGAUAUUAAGUUUCUGACCAAAGGAGACAACAAUGCAGUUGAUGAUCGAGGCUUGUACAAACAGGGGCAGAACUGGUUGGAGAAAAAGGAUGUAGUGGGACGAGCCCGGGGAUUUGUUCCUUAUAUUGGAAUUGUAACCAUCCUGAUGAAUGAUUAUCCAAAAUUUAAGUAUGCCGUUCUGUUCCUCUUGGGCUUAUUUGUCCUCGUACAUCGGGAAUGAGGGAGUCCUUUCUUUACAAGAGGCACCAAGAGACUAUUUGUGGCAAUCAUCAUCAUUAUUUGCCUGAAUAUAAAUUGUGAAAGGACAAACCUUAUGUGACUGUUUAAACUUUUACAUUUGGAGAGCAGUAUUUCCUGGCUAAAGAAUGGAUUCAGUGGACAUAAAGCAUUUAUCUACUUGACCUUCUCUAGCACUGGUUCUCUGCUUUUGCUAGCAAACAGGUUAUGCGUUUGUAUCUGCUUUUGCUGUUUCUUUUUUUUCCUUUUAUUAUUUUGUACUUUGGGUGGAUAUUUUUUAAUAUUAAAACAAAUGCCAAAGUUUCAGUGUUGAUAUUUUGAAGCCUGUGUACAUUAUUCAGAAGUGCCUAUCUUGGAAUUUGUAUAUGUGCAGUAUUUUUGCAAUCGCACAGAAUAAACUGCGAUCUGGACCUGUUUGUGAGUAGUAGUAGUAGAAUAGUAUACCUUUAACCAAAUGUACUUCUGCACAGUUCAACUCUUGCGAUAUACUCUGUAUUUGCUGCUAGGUUCAGAGGGUUACACAUGUGCUUGGAAAUGUUAUCAACUAAAUACAUACAAUUAUGGCAGCUGAUAACAACACAAGUCAAAUACCACUGUUUGUACAGUGAUGGAAAUCCCUUAUUACCUCUGAAGCUUUCUCAAGUGUCUUCUAUUUAGUAGGUGUGGUGUGUUUUUUUUACAUGUUGUGGUAACUCAUUCCUGGUAACUAUUUUUAACAACAGCUAGAGGAAGUGAAGCAGUUGUUUGGUCUGUUCAACUUGAAGACCAUAAACCGAUUUACAAAAUCCAGAAUGUUUCCCAAUAGUGCAAUAUUUCUUGCUGACUGUCAGAAACAUUCUUCUGGCAAAACUGAUACAUUAUCAGAUCAAUGUGGUGUUUCAUCAGAAAAAUUGUGUUCAGAACAAUAGCAGCGUGUUUAAAAAAAAGUGAAUAAAGCUCAAACUAAAGCUUUUGUUUGCAUACACACAAAUGCAUUAGGAACACUGCACAUUCUAUUCCAAAUAAAGUCAUGAA